GAAUUCAAAUUCCCAUAUGCCUUUCUCUUCUGAUUUCCAUUCAAGCUCCCUACUUUACAACCUAUCAAUUUUGAAGGAUAAACUCCACCAAAUCCAAUCGGUUGUCUCCGUCGUCGUCUACGACUUCCAAAACUCGACCGAGUCCCACCCACGAGACUUGUCGCAGUUACCGACGGUCAACUCUAUGAUCCAGGAACUUAUCAUGGCUGCUUCUUCCAUGUUGUUCACAUGUCAAGAGAUGAAUAACUUCGCUGUGAACUCGUCGUUACAUAACGAUGUUGUCGAUAAUAAUCUUCAAGGUCUCGUUGACAACGACAAUCAACCUUCCAUCGCCCUUCUCGACGUGGCCAACGAUCAUCGCCAUCAUCAGAACUGGUACAACAUGACAUCUACUACUAAUAACGACGACAACGACAACAAUAGCAAUAGAGUAACGACAACGGAAACAACACAAGAUUAUCGAACUUCGAUCAAUAUUGUUGAGCUAGACGCGACGGAUCUUCUUGCAAAAUACACCCAUUACUGCCAAAUUUGCGGGAAAGGGUUCAAGCGGGACGCGAACCUACGAAUGCACAUGCGAGCACACGGCGACGAGUACAAAGCGAGCGGGGCGUUGAGUAACCCGGAGAAGAGUCAUAGAAGGGAUAUGAACAUAAACAAGAAAUUAGGGACUAAAUACUCAUGUCCACAAGAGGGCUGCAGAUGGAACCAAAAACAUGCCAAGUUUCAGCCAUUGAAAUCACUGAUUUGUGUGAAAAAUCAUUACAAGAGAACCCAUUGCCCCAAAAUGUAUGUCUGCAAGCUCUGCAGCGGCAAGAAAUUUUCAGUUCUAUCAGAUUUGAGGACUCAUGAGAAACAUUGUGGAGACAUGAAAUGGGUUUGUUCUUGUGGCACCACAUUUUACAGGAAAGAUAAGCUCAUGGGUCAUGUUGCUCUGUUCGUCGGGCAUGCCCCGGCAAUCAGUUCGUCGGUAAGAGCGUAGUAACUUGCGGCCGAUAUGUUACUAUGAGUUUAUGUUUGUUCUUAUUUAAUUUGAUGGAUUCUGUAUGAUAUAUGUUGUAACUUGUCACAAAGAUGUAUUGCCAGUAGAGUACAUCGAAUGAUAUCAAAACAUUGAUGGUGGCAUUACUGACAAAUUGAAUCAAAGCUUCAAAUUACGGCAAUUGAGGUAUUGGUAUUGUUAAAGAAUUAAAUUUACAUUAUGUGACAACGAGCGUAGAUUAUGAAAGAGAGAAAUUGUGACAGGUAGCACAACAAGUGAUAUCAGAGUACCAAAUCAACAACAUACUCACACUUACCAUCAAUUAAAGAUAAAUUUCUCAUUACAAACUAAAUUAUUUGUUCUUAGAAAUCAUAUUUUCAAGAUAUUGCUCUGAUUGUAGGGCAUGUUCCGGCU